AUGGAGACCGAGACGAAGAAAGACCUGAGCGUCAGUCCCUUGCCUCCGGACUGCGACGAUGAUCUGAAAUAUCUGAAAAUGCAUGUGGAUAAAGCCGUGUCAUGGCAAACUCUAUCUACUUCUCUGAAGGAAAACAUGGAACCUCUAAAUCAUUCGAGAGUUGAAACUAUACUACGCGCAGUCAAGGCAAAACACUCAAAAUUCAGAAUUUUUAAAAUAGUUGAUCGCACCAGGUUUAUUAUCAAUCGGGAACCUGUGCACAUCAUCCCUAUAUCUAGUGACCUUGUGAUAUCCAAUCGUCCGGAUAAAAAUACAGCAAUAACUGUUCCAGUGGGGAGUGGUGUGGUUGGAAAGAAGCGACGGCGGUGGAUAGCCUGCAAAGCAUGGAGAGAACAGGCUGCGAUGUAUGGGUUAGAUAUUCCAUGUUUUAAAACUCUGCAUUUAAUUGUCUAG